GAAGACAGUGAAAGUGAAAGCAAGCGGGGAGUGGAGAUUUGGGGAAGAAUGGCAUUACAAUGAUUCAUUUGAACCGCAUUGCGGAAGGAGUGACGGCAGUGAGGGGAUUGAGAUGGUGAUUAGAAGAAGGGAAGAGUAAGGAAAGGGGAGGGAGGGGAGUUCCUCUAUCGAUCUCAGGAGAAAGAAGAGAAGAGAAGGUUUGUGGAGGAUGGCAACGCGCUUGACGUUUAGCCUUCUCAUGGCGACGCUGGCGUUUCUCUGGUUAUCGUGCGGGAUGGCUGCAGCGAGGAAGCGGUUGGAGGUGCAGCGGCACCUCAAGCGUCUCAACAAGCCUCCCGUCAAGACCAUCACGAGCCCUGAUGGGGAUAUCAUAGACUGCGUGCAUGUCUCUCACCAGCCAGCCUUUGAUCACCCUUUCCUGAAAAACCAUACCGUGCAGAUGAGGCCUGCCUUCUACCCAGAACGCACUGCGAAAAAGGUGGAAUCACUCAAGAACAGCCCCUCCAUAGCUCAACUGUGGCAUCGUAACGGGAGGUGCCCCGAGAACACCGUCCCCGUUAGGAGGACGAAGAGGGACGAUCUGCUGAGAGCAAGCUCCGUGAAAAGAUACGGGAGGAAGAAGCAUAAGAGCAUCCCGAUGCCAUUGACUGUUGACUCUGACCUUCCGAACGAGAGUGGCCAUCAGCACGCAAUCGCUUAUGUAGAGGGGGACAGGUAUUAUGGAGCUAAAGCCACCAUAAAUGUGUGGAAGCCAAAGAUCCAGCAGACCAACGAGUUCAGUCUGUCCCAGCUGUGGAUUCUAGGCGGCUCUUUUGGCGAAGAUCUCAACAGCAUUGAAGCUGGUUGGCAGGUCAGUCCCGAUCUCUAUGGAGACAACAACACAAGGCUGUUUACUUAUUGGACUAGCGAUGCUUAUCAAGCAACAGGGUGCUACAACCUGCUCUGCGCAGGAUUCAUUCAGAUCAGCAACGAAAUCGCAAUGGGCGCCAGCAUCUUCCCCCUCUCCGACUACGGCGGUUCGCAGUACGAUAUCAGUAUACUUGUUUGGAAGGAUCCACAGGAGGGACACUGGUGGAUUCAGUUUGGCAACGACUACGUCUUGGGCUACUGGCCUUCGUUUCUGUUCUCCUACCUGACAGAGAGUGCGUCGAUGAUUCAGUGGGGAGGUGAGGUGGUGAACUCAGAGCUAGAGGGAGAGCACACCUCGACUGGGAUGGGCAGUGGCCAUUUCCCAGAGGAAGGCUUUGGCAAGGCAAGCUACUUCAGGAACAUUCAGAUAGUGGAUGGAUCCAACAAUCUGAGGGCACCCAAGGAGGUGGGCACGUUCACUGAGCAAUCCAGCUGCUAUGAUGUGCAGAAUGGCAAUAAUGAUGACUGGGGACAUUACAUUUAUUAUGGGGGUCCAGGUAGAAACACUGGUUGUCCAUAGAACUCUUUCUACCUCUUCUGCUAGGCGAGUGUGAAGUUACUUCCACCUGUAGAAGUCGGAGCAGAGGCGCUCAAGUUUCCUUGAAGAAUUCAUGUACCUAUUUGCUGGUCUGUAGUUUUGCUGCUCCUCGAAGACGCUUCUUCUGUUGAUCUUAAUGGAUGCAAGAUAUAGUGGUGGCUGUGAGCAUGAUUUGAAAUAAAGAUCUUGGAGUAUUGCUAAUCA